GAAGUUUCCUUGGGGGGGAAACCCAAAAGGUUUUAUUUAUUGAUGAGAGGGUCUAUGUACUAGCCUACGACUAGGGACCCUUGUCCACGCAGGCCUAGUCUCGAUCGGGCAAUGAGCUUGUGACGUGCAUCCGACGUCAAAUGUACGAGGGCAAGGGUGACGAGGGAGGGGCCGGCAUCUCGUCUUGGUGAAACAAGAGCACCGCACUCAGAACACGGGACACCGCAGCAGCACGCUCCCACUGUUUGAACCACUUGAAAGGCCCAAAAGAGUUGCAGGAUAUACACAGAGGCCCUCAGCAUGAAAGAACAGCAGCCCUCGCCACACGGCAACGUGGUUGUUAGCCUCAAGGAUCGGGCCGCCUGGACCGCCGCCUUGGAGUCAUCGCAUCCCGUUCUAGCACACCUCAAUGCCGAUACCAGCUGGUUGCUCCAGCUGCCGAGACCAGACCCCGCCGUCACUUCGAGCUCCAGGCACAGCGCGAAACCCGAGCCUUCGAGGCGGAAGAGGUAUAACAUCCUGAUUGAUCCAUGGCUCCAGGGUCCACAGAGCGAUGUUGCCUCGUGGUUCUCGACGCAGUGGCAUGUUGUCGCGCCGACGGUGCAGACCAUAAAAGAGCUCGACGAGAUCCUGGCUGAGGUGGACGGUGGUUUUAGCGAGGAGGGCUCGUCAUGUAUCGACUGUGUGGCAAUCUCGCAUGAGUUCACGGAUCACUGCCACGAAGCCACGCUGCGAGAGCUGUCCAAGACUGUACCUGUCGUGGCGACAGAGAAGGCGGCCGAUCUGAUCCGCUCGUGGAAGCACUUUGAUACAGUCAUCACCACUCCAGCAUUCUCAACCGAUACGCCAGACUGGCAUGAGGUACUGGUCGACCAGACGGCAACGAUACCCCCGUGGUUGGGCAUCGGUAGGGUAGUCACGCAGAACAACGCGCUUUAUUACCACUCAGCUGUGAUGAUUGUAUUCGAUCUCGGAUACCGUCCGAAUCAGCGGUCGACGCGGUCGAGGGACAAAAUGGGCUCGAGGGACCCCGAGGCUGUCAUCUACUCGCCUCAUGGGAUCAAGAGCUCGGAUCUGCAGUGUGUGGAGACGGCGGGCAUCAAGACACUCGCGCUGCUUCACGGCCUGCAUGACGUGCGGAUUUGGAUGACGGCGCAGUUGAAUUUGGGCGCCCUGAACGGCAUUCAAGCUGUAAGGGCGAGCGGAGCAAGGUAUUGGAUCGCGACGCAUGACGAGGCGAAGAAGGGAGGUGGGUUCAUCUCGUGGUUGCUCCAGAGAACCACGUACACUCUUCGUGAUGCGGUGGUCGCCGAGGAGGCAAAGCUAGCAAGAGACGAAGAGGUGCUAGCGUAUGACUUUGUCGAGCUCGGCUCUGGAGACGGGCUUGUCUUGUCGGCGUGA